AGAUUGCUGCUUGGAGGCCAGGGGGCUCUGGUUUCUAACACUUUAUUAAUAGCAAAUACACACUCCCAUGCUACACCCACGUCCAGUCCAGAACACGAGGAACUGGGCUCCUGGAGAGAAAGCCAUCUUGGAGAGCCUGGAUGUACUCGAUCGGCGCAUUCCCUCCCUCGGAGGCUGUGUCAGCAUGGCAGAAAACCAGGGACCUGAUGGCAGAUUCAGAACCCCCUUUGGAGCUGCACGUGGACGAUGCAGGUACAUGCUUAGAGCUCGAGGGAGAUGCUACAGAUGCCCUGUUGGAGCCUGAAGUUGCACAUGUCCCCUUGGAGCUACAUAUGGAUGUCACAAAUGCCCCCCUGGAGCUGAACAACACAGAUGCACCCUUGGAGCAGCAUGUGGAUGGCGCAGAUGCUCCCUUGGACUUGGAUGUUGCAGAGCCCCAGACUCUGAGCAUUGAGGAGCUGGGAGAGCAUUUCCAGGAAUGCAUCGAAGCAGUGGAGCAGCUGGAGGAGGAGAGGGAUAGCCUCAUCCAGGAACUCACGCUGCUCCGGGAACCUGCCCUUCAAGAAAUCAGACAAGCUCAUGAGGAGAUACUGGCAGCCUACAGACUGCAGGCCAAGGUGGAGCUGGAGCGGGACAAUCUGAGAAACGAGAUCCGACAAGUCAAGCAGAAGCUAUUCAAGGUGACCAGAGAGUGUGUGGCUUGCCAGUACCAGCUGGAAACCAGACGGCAUGACAUGGCCCAGUAUGCGGUCUAUCGGGCUGAACUGGAAACCAGGGUCAGCCAGCUUUCAGAGGAAAUAUCGCAGCUGAGAGAGACUUGUGAAAAGCAGAAGGAACAGUUCAGGCAGCGCCUGGAGAUGCCCCAGUACCGGGGGGAUAGCCAUUACUUGCAGGAGAGCCGAAGGCUUUCCAUGGAGUUCGAGAGCUUUGUGGCAGAGAGCCGCCAGGGCCUGGAGAAACACUAUGAGCCGCAGCUCGUGUGCCUUUUAGAAAGGAGAGAAGCCAGUGCUAAGGCUUUGCAACAAACCCAGGGAGAGAUUCAGGGGCUGAAGGAGACACUGAGACCACUGCAGGGAGAGGCCGGCAGGCUGCGGCUGCAGAACAGAAAUCUGGAAGAACAGAUCAUGCUCAUUAAGCAAAAACGGGACGAAGAAGUUCUCCAGUACAGGGAACAGGUGGAAGAGAUGGAAGAGAGGCUACGGGAGCUGAAAAAUGAGGUCCAACUUCAGCAACGUAAGAACCAAGAAUUGGAAGAGCUGAGGACCAGCCUGCACCAGGAGCUAUCUAUUUACAAGGGCUGCUUAGAAAUCUAUGGUCAUCUUUGCAACUCAGAAAAAGUCGAUCAAGACUGACUCAUGGACUUUCCUUAUUCUGUCAGAAAAUAAAUGCAGAGGCGCUCACUGUGAAGGACUGAGGUAUCUACAGUGGACACUUACAUUUCCCUCUCCCUGCUCACCCCCUCCUAAAUAAUGCAUAGCAGCUAUUUAAAAUCAGGACUACUAGACAAUCAUUUGCUUGUUUAUAUUUCUUGAGGUGCUGCUCUGUUGAUCUUCUAGCAUGGUAGAAAAGAAUGAAGCUGCUGUCCUCCAGGAGAUCACAGAAGAGUACACUUGCACUAAACAACGAACAUAGAAAGAGGAACGAUAGAUGUAGGUUUUGCUGUGUGUUUGGAAAGUAUAUCUGAUCUUGCUUUGCAGAUGGAUCGUAUAAGCCUGCACAGAAAGGGUCAUAUAGAAAGCCAAUUUUUUUUUUUGUUUCAAAGACCACACUUCAAAGGACUACUGUUGCUGCACGGUAAACAGGAUUGUUUCUUUUGUAGCCCAAAAGAUGACUGCUGUAUUGUGACAUGUUCUCGUAGGGUCCAUAAACAGUUUCCAUAUAAAUGGUUUCCACUUUAUAUAAAAAUUUCACCUUGAAAAUAAGGAUUCAGGUUUUAAAGGCUGCUUGUAUAUCCC